UGGAGGGAUACUCAAGGGUAGCUAUGUAACAGAGACACGUGUGUGUGUGUCUCUGGGUAAAUCUCUGACUCCUGGAGCACCAUUCGAUUUGCUCCUGUGCUGCGUGCUCUCUGAUUGGUUGAUCUUCUGGGUGAGCAUGUACCCCUCCCGUUUUCCCACCUCCUAGCACAGUGAGCAGGGAGGAGCGGGGCUGAACACACACGCAGAGAAAGAGAGAGAUAGGGAGACCGAAAGAAAGAAAGACGCGUCUUUUCAACUCUGGCAGAAUGGACCCGGUCUCUUUGCUUCUUCUAUGGAUUAGUCUGGUCCCUCGUAUUCUGUAGCACUUCAUCGUUCUAGAGCUCUUCAUCGUUCCAGAGCAACUUCAUUGUUCUAGGGUGCUUCUUCCCUGGAACUCUCCGUCCGUCGGCCGUCUAUCCGUCUGUCAACGAUACGCCUGUCGGUCACCUGGUGGUGCGCUGCGGUUCUGUCCAGGGUCCAGGGUGCGGUGGCUAGGGGUGGAGCAGCAUGGGCAGGCAGAGUAGUGAUGCGAGCAGCAGUGCAGGGGGACCGGGGGGCGGCGCAGCCACACGAAUGCAGCGCUCCCAGAGCAGGCUCAGUCUGUCAGCCUCCUUCGAGGCUCUGGUCGUCUACUUCCCCUGUGUGAGCUCCUACCACAAGGGCGACGCAGAGGAGGAAGGGAAGAAGAAGGUGAUCCGCCUGCCCAUCCAGAGGAGCGUGGAGACGGGUCUGGCCAUCGAGUUCAAGAGCAGGAUGACCCGGCAGCCCAGCAGGGAGACUGACCCUGAAGCAGAGGCCAAGCCUGGGAACCUCAUCUUCCCAGGGGUGAGGAUCGCUGCAGAUAAACAGUUCACCGGCUUCCUGGAGGGAUUAGGCCCCGCCCAGCUGGCAGGCAGACAGACUCUGGCCACGCCCCCCAUGGGUGAUAUCCAGAUCGGCAUGGUGUUCAGGAAGGAGCGUCUGGAUGUGGAGGUGAUCCGUGCCCGGGGCCUGGUGGGUAAACAGGGCAACAAGCAGACGCCCGCUCCGUACGUCAAGGUGUACCUGAUGGACAACGGCAAGUGCAUCGUGAAGAAGAAGACCAGGCUGGCCAGGAAGACCCUGGACCCUCUCUACCAGCAGCAGCUGCAGUUUGAGGAGAACCCCGAGGGCAAGGUCCUGCAGAUCAUCGUUUGGGGCGACUACGGACGCAUGGACCACAAAUCCUUCAUGGGAGCUGCUCAGAUCCUAUUGGACGAUCUGGACUUGUCCAACAUGGUGAUUGGCUGGUUCAAACUCUUUCCUCCCACCUCAUUGGUGGACCCGACCUUGGCACCUUUGACUAGUAAAGCCGCCCUUGAGGGCUCCAACACUCGCUCCUAGCACUCCGAGGGACGGCUAGCGUCGUUAUAGCAACCAGUGAGGGAGAUGUGGGUGUGGUCAAGAUGGCCACGCCCCUGAUUCCGCUGCAUGUUCGAUGUCGUGUGUUCUGAUUCUGUCAAGAGAAAAAGGGCGGGACAUAGGGCCGGUCGUCUCCCUGGCGACCCGCCCGCUCGUGCACACACAGGACACGCCCCUCCGAAGGAGGACCUGGCUAAGGAUGCUUGGACAUGAAGGACUUGUCAGUGGACAGGAAGUGGAUGCAACUCAGUGGUGCUAGAUCACCUGUAGGUUCUACGGUCCAAGCCAUGAGAGAGGAGAGAGGAUAGAGGGAGGAGAGAGAGGGAGGAGAGAGAGACAACUGCAGAGAACUGAGUGAUAGCUCUACAGAGACUCUGGUUUUGUCUACUAGGACGUUUUCUGCCUUCGUUGUCGAACGCUGUGGUUGGCUGCUGGUCAGGCCACGCUCACCAGUCGCCAUGACAAAGACAUGGGGACCAAUACCAGCUAGGUGAGGGAUGGUGUCCACCAAUCAUCAACCAGGGACAGACCUCCCCAGCAACUCCCACCUCCCCUCCUCACCCCUCCCUCCCCCCACUCCCUCCCUCCACUCCACCCCUCCAAACAGGAUGCAAACACACUCAGACAGCCAAUCACAUGCUGGAGAGCCAAUCACAUGGUCAUAGAGGUGUGGCCACUGAUCGUCAUGGUGACCAGACCCAAUCACCAACACCUUCCUAUCAUCCACUGGUCUCCACAGAAACAAACUGGACCUUCUCUUUAUUUAUUUGAUUCUUUUUAUUUUCUCUUCUGUUCUGCAUGGACACACGCUGGGUGACGCGUGGAAAGGAAAAAAGUUGAAACUGCAUCUUAAGAGAGAAAACAAAAGAGAUAGAAUUUCUAUUCUACGAUUUAUAUUAUUUUCUAAGAAGAGAAACCCUAUAGUGCAUGGUUCUCAGGGCGAGUGAAUGCUGUCUGAUGAUCAAGAUGGUGGUGGCUGUCGCUCCCAAAUAAGCCUGUUUACAAGUGUGUCGUUUUACGGACAGUGAGUGUUGAUAGGGCACUGAGAAGAACUGAUAUUGUGUUGAAAGAGAAAGGGGGAGAAAGAGUGAGAGGGAGGGAGAUGGAUGCACAGAAGGUUGUGUGUGUGUGUGUGUGUGUGUGUGUGUCAGAGCUCCUGACUGUCCAGGUCUGCAUGGCCUCCCUCUUCUCUGUUUCCACCACAAACACGCAUGUAAUGAGGCUCCGGCUACACGCCUAGAACACGCCUCCAACCGCAUGUUUAGAUAUGAUGAUGAUGAUGAUGAAGAUGAUGUUUGAGGAGUUUGCAGUUUCCUGUACAGUGCAUGUGAACCUUGCCACGCCCCUCAUCCUCCUCACUGCCCCCACGUUGGCACGACAACGAUGCACCAAUGGUGAUGUGGCAGCGUUCGCCAUGGCGAUAGAGGUGAGAGGUCAGAAUCAUCCAACUAGACAUUCCAUCGACUGGUAACCAUGGUUUCUGUGUGAUUUAAAAAGAAAACAAGUAUGGAAAUGAAAUAAAAGAGUUUUAUAUUUAUUGAUAAAGUUGACAAGGGGAAAACAAAUGUAUGGUUGCAAGUAUAUUUUAUUUUAAUAUUGUUAUAAAGAAAAAGAUAAAAUGUAAAAAAGGUGUAAAAGAGCUGUUGAGACUGACCCUGCUGAACAGGGAGGGAGGAGAAUGUGACUGGAAAUGGGACAUUGCCACAAAACAUGAAUUUUUAAUUGUUUCUUGUUUUGAGAAAAAUAAAAUUAAUUUACUA